ACAAUGACACUCUCUUUACCUAUCACUAUCCUCCACUUUCUCCCAAGCUCAGAUCCCCCUUACAAACUCCUCCAAACUCAUCCAUCUUUUUCCUUCUUAUCCAAAUGCAAAAACAUGGAAGAUCUCAAGAAAGUUCAUUCCCAUUUCAUUAAAUUUGGUUUACACAAUACCCAAUUUGCACUAAGCAAAUUACUUGAAUUUUGUGCCACUAAUCUAUAUGGUGAUUUCUCAUAUGCUUUAUCAAUCUUUAAUACUACUGAUGAACCUAAUCACGUUAUGUAUAACAUGAUAAUUAGAGGAUAUUCAUUGAGUUCAUCUCCAAGUUUCGCCAUUGAUUUCUAUGAAAAAAUGCUUUUUUCGGGUAAUCGACCGAAUUCGUAUACAUUUCCGUUUCUUUUAAAAUCUUGUGCGAAAAUAAUGGAUACCCAGAUGGGGAAAAUGAUUCAUGGACAUGUUUUUAAGCUUGGGUUGAUGACUGAUGUUUAUGUACAUGCUUCACUUAUCAAUAUGUAUGCUCAAAAUGGUGAAAUGGAUGAUGCAAGAUUGGUGUUUGAUAAAAGUUCUAAGAGAGAUGCUGUGUCGUUCACCGCGUUGAUUAAUGGGUAUGCGUUGAAGGGACGUGUCGGUGAUGCUCGGGAACUGUUUGAUGAAAUGCCUGUGAGAGAUGUUGUUUCGUGGAAUGCGAUGAUUUCGGGGUAUGCUCAGGUGGGUCGGUUUGAGGAGGCGUUAGUGUUGUUUGAGGAGAUGAGAAAUGUGAAUGUGGAACCUUCAGUGAGCACGUUGUUGAGUGUUCUAUCUGCGUGUGCUCGUGUAGGUGAACUUAAAUUGGGGAAUUGGGUGAGAUCAUGGAUUGAAGAUCAUGGACUUGGUUUGAAUAUUCGUCUUGUUAAUGCACUUAUUGAUAUGUACGCAAAAUGUGGCGAUGUGAAGACGGCAAGGAUGUUAUUCGAGGGUCUAGAGGAGAAAGAUCUCGUGUCGUGGAAUGUUAUGAUUGGGGGUUAUACACAUUCUGGCUAUUAUAAAGAUGCAUUGGCUGUUUUUCAUCGAAUGCAGCAAGAAGUUAUAGAUCCUAAUGAUGUUACGUUGUUGAGCAUCCUUCCAGCUUGUGCACAUUUAGGUGCUCUAGAUCUUGGCAAGUGGAUACAUGUCUAUAUUGACAAGCAUUAUCAACACUUACAAAACACUUCUCUAUGGACUAGUCUGAUAAAUAUGUAUGCAAAAUGUGGAGCCAUCGCAGCAGCAAAACAAGUCUUUCAGGGAAUGAGAACGAAAACUUUAGCUUCGUAUAAUGUGAUGAUCUCAGGGCUAGCAAUGCAUGGUGAUGCAUAUGAAGCUCUGGAGCUGUUCCGUAAAAUGACAGAGGAAAGUAUGAAGCCAGAUGAUAUAACAUUUGUUAGUGUUUUAUCAGCGUGUAAUCACGCUGGUUUAGUGGAUCUUGGUCGAGAAUAUUUUAAUACCAUGAUCCAAACCUACAAGUACACACCAAAGUUGCAGCAUUAUGGAUGUAUGAUUGACCUUCUAGGACGAGCAGGAAAAUUCGAUGAAUCAAUGACCAUGAUCGAGAGCAUGGAGAUUAAACCCGAUGGUGCAAUAUGGGGUUCCUUGCUAGGUUCUUGUAGAAUCCACAAGAAUCUUGAGUUGGGUGAAUAUGCUGCCAAGAACUUAUUUGAACUAGAGCCCGAGAAUCCUGGUGCUUAUGUACUCUUAUCCAACAUCUAUGCCGGUGCUGGAAAUUGGGACAAAGUAGCAUCGAUAAGAACUUUUUUAAAUGAUCAAGGAAUGAAGAAAGUUCCUGGUUGUACCUCCAUUGAGAUUGAUAGAGUAGUCCAUGAGUUUCUUGUUAGUGAUAGAACACAUCCGCAAAGCAACGAGAUUUAUAAAAUGUUGGAUGAAGUCGAUAGGCUAUUGGAAAUGGCUGGCCAUGUUCCAGAUACAUCAGAGGUACAUUAUGAAAUGGAUGAGGAGUGGAAGGAAGAAAAACUAAAUCAACAUAGCGAGAAGUUGGCGAUUGCCUUUGGAUUGAUCAGCACAAAGCCAGGGACAACUCUCAGGAUUGUUAAGAACCUUAGAGUGUGUGGGAAUUGUCAUGAAGCCACGAAGAUGAUAUCGAAGAUAUUUAACAGGGAGAUCAUUGCAAGAGAUAGGAAUCGAUUUCACCAUUUCAAAAACGGUUCUUGCUCGUGCUUGGACUAUUGGUGAACUGAUAAAGAUCAAGCAGAGU